AUGAACGAGGUCAAGGAUCCGGUACGAACCUUGAAAUCAGUGUCUCUGACAGCACUGGCGACCGCAUGCGCGAUGUACGCGCUGGUCAACGUGGCAUACUUCCUGGUUGUGCCAUUGGACGAGGUGCGUAGCAGUGGAGAACUCAUCGCUGCCCUAUUCUUCGAACGAGUCUUUGGCCAAGCCUUCGGCCGCCGAAUACUCCCACUCAUGGUGGCUUUGAGUGGUGUUGGGAAUGUUAUGGUAGUGACGUUUGCACUGGCUCGUCUCAACCAAGAGAUCGCCCGAACAGGACUCAUCCCUGGUGGCCGACUGCUCUCGACAACCAAGCCGUUUGGCUCACCUCUCGGCGGCCUCAUCAUACAUUGGAUACCAUCAGCUCUAGUCCUGACAAUCCCAAGCGGCGACGUCUACUCUUUCAUCCUGGAAGUGGAAGGGUGUCCGGGUCAGAUCGUCGCACUUGCUACAGCGAUUGGUCGCAUCUGGUUGAGGUUCAACCGUCCAGAUCUUCAUCGUCCUUACAAAGCUUGGAUACCCGGCGUGCUUGUGCGGUCAUGUAUCGCAGUAGCGUUACUGCUGGCGCCCUUCUUCCCCAGUGAGAUACAGAAGGCGAAAGGUCUGAUCGGUGGAACGGCAUAUGCUCUCGCUGGAAUCGCCAUUCUCCUUUUCGGCGCGCUGUACUGGUACGUGUUUGCGAAGCUGCUCCCACACUGGCGCGGAUACAAGCUCGCAGAUCAGACGGAGUUGCUGGCUGAUGGCACCACCAUCACCAAAAUUGCGCAUGUUCCGUUGUGA